CACACGGCGGUGUUUCUUCUCUCUUCCGGAAUUUAACAUGGGAGCUGCCCAGUCAGGAGGACAAGCUCAGAAGUACCAAGAUCUGGCUGAUAAAACCGGCUUUUCUACAGAGCAGAUCAGAAAACUCCACAGCAGAUUCCAGUACCUAACUCAAGAUGAAGACACUUUAAGACGUGAACAUCUUGAGAAUCUCACUAAUCUGGCCCUCAAUCCAAUCAAGAGGCAGAUCAUCGAGGCCUUCUUUGACAAAAGGAAUUUGGGUCAGAAUGAGAAGGGCUGCCUGCAGGAGAUUGGUUUUGAAGAGUUUGUCACAGUCCUGUCUGUCUUCAGACCAACUAAACCACGCACGGCUGAGGACAAAAAGAAAACCAUCAAGGAGGAGAAACUUCGCUUUCUGUUCAACAUGCACGACACUGACAAUGACGGCGUCAUCACACUGGACGAAUACAGACGCGUGGUGGAGGAGCUUCUGUCCAGCUAUGAAACCAUUGAAGCAGAAACGGCCAAAGCUAUUUCAGACGCUGCAAUGCUGGAGGUGGCCAGUGUCACAGUGGGUCGGAUGAGUCCCGAUGAAUUUUAUGAAGGAAUCACCUUUGAACAGUUUAUGCAGAUAUUAAAAGACAUCGAGAUCGAGACCAAGAUGAACGUUCACUUUUGGAACUUGGACACCAGAACGAUGCAUUGUGGGAAAUGAAGUUUAACUUCUGCUUUAGAGCAGCAUUUCUCCCAUGGAUUCAAGUAUUGAUUUUCGCUGCCAUAUCUUCAGUGCUAAACAUAGUGAGCGUGACAUUCACUGGGAAAUGCAUUUAUAGUCCAGACCUCGGGGACAAAUGAAACAUACUUUAGAGACUUUAUACUGUGUAUUUGAAGGAGAUGUAUAUACCCAGAUAAGCCUGGUUAUUCUUGAACAUGCUUUCAUGAGUAUACAGUAUUUUUAUUAGGAAUUUUAUAGUGGAGGAAUUUUCACAAAUUAAACAAUCUGCGCUUUCUUUGGUUUGACAAAGCAGUGCUGAAAGACUGACUCCACACCCUGAGUUAAUGAAUCCCCAAAUCUUAUCUUUCACUUCAGAAAAACAGCAGGGAGAGUCUGUUUUCCUGCUCGUGUCCUCUUAUUAGUAAUAUGCCAUCCUUCUGGCUUCCUUCAAUCAAGGUUAUUUAUUAAUAUACAAUGCUGUAUAUUACAUGGUGUGGAGUUUUUAUAGCGAUGGCGUAUAUCAGUCAUAUUUUUGUACAUUGUUGUCAUUUCAAAUCCUCAAGUGUAAGCAAUCAAGUCCAAAUCGCUUUCAGAUUGGAGAGAUUAAAUGGUAACAGUUUAAAUGCGCACUGAUUGAUCUGUUGUGGAUGUAUUUCUGUCUGACAUGAUGAAUCUUGUGUAUGCACGGUUAUAAAAUACCUCCCAUUCCAUAUUUGGUUAGGAUCUGUGGUUGGAGCUAGAGCCAAAUUAGGAAAAUGUCCUGAUGGAAUGAGUGUGCUUCUUCUGAGUCUUUUUGAAUGCAGCUUCCACAUACAGUAGAUGAAUACUUUUACAUUUAACAAUUCAUUUCCGUACAUAAGAAAUUAAUAAUUAAUUGCUUUAAUAAUCUAGCAAUGUGUUAACAGUGAGUUAAUUAAGCUGAUUCAUUUAAUAAAAUAACAUGGGGGGGGUGUUUAAAUGGCACCUAUUUUACCCCCUCAUUCAAAAUUUAAGAGAAGUCUUUUGUGUCUCCAGAAUGUGUCUGUAAAGUUUCAGCUCAAAACACCCAUCAGAUUAUUUAUUAUACCUUUCAGAAUCUGGGAAAUUUGAGCUGUUUGGACAGUGUAGUAGUUUUUGUUACCUGCUCUGAAGCGUGAAGGCUUCAAGUACAUAAACAGUACAGUGACACACAAGAAUGAAGCAGAUCUCCCUUACUACAGGAAGAACCCUAUUGGUAUUUGAUGUAGAGUUAAUUCAAGCCUUUCUGCAACGAUGAGUCACAAACUAUGUCAUUAUAAAGUAUGCGCAAACACAUACACACGUUUAGCUUUGCACUGUUUGUGCACGGCAUAUGUUACAGGAUACACAUUAUAAUGCCCACUGUAUGGAUAUACGUCAAAAUAAACCUGAUUUAAGGUCCACAAAUCGAUAUUGGAGCGUUUUCUUUUAUUUUAGAAACCUAAUACUAUAAAUAUCCCAAACAAUCAAUGACUGAGUUUUGUCUGUUGAAUUAUUGACAGUAAAUAAACCAACAAAACUUCA